CUACACACGUGCGGCAGACAGUUGCUUUCCGGAAGACGAAUAGCGGCGGACUUGUACGGUCUUCGGAAGUUCAACAACACUUGUACGUUUUGGAGGCUCAGCACUGGAAACGAUGAGUGGGAACUCGGAUGGUAAUAAAGAGUUCCUGGAGCAGCUCCGUUUGCAGCAGCUGUAUGGACAGAGGCGAGAGGGCGGAGAAGAUCCGUACACGUACGUCGACCCAGAAGACGGCACUGUGUACGACUGGGACCAUGAAAAGAGAGCAUGGUUUCCAAAGGUAAAUGAUGAUUUCAUUGCAGCAUAUCAAGCAAACUAUGGAUUCAAUGAGGAAGGGGCACCUGAUCCGAGCGCUGCGGUCCCCGUCACCGCAUGUCUCCCUGCCAAACCCGAGGACUCCAAGAAACCAGAAGAACCUAAGAAGCUUGAGGAGAGCUCAAACCAGGAAAAAACUAAGGAGGCAGCUCAGAAAGGAGAGAAAAGGAAAGCAGAUCCAGGAUGGUUUGAAGUUGAAAAGGAAAAAAACACCAAUGUUUAUGUAACGGGUCUUCCUCCAGACAUAACUCCUGAUGAGUUUGUGGAGGUCAUGUCCAAAUGUGGAAUUAUAAUGCGUGAUCCUAUCACAGAAGAGUAUAAAGUCAAGCUCUACAAGGACAAGGACGGAAACCAAAAAGGAGAUGGACUUUGCUGCUACCUAAAGAUAGAGUCUGUAGCUCUUGCCGUGAGGCUUUUGGAUGAGACGGAGAUUCGGGGCUACCAGCUGCAUGUGGAGGAAGCACGAUUUGAACUCAAAGGACAAUAUGACGCCAGCAAGAAGAAGAAAAAGAACAAAGAAUAUCGUAAAAGGCUCCAGCAGCAACAAAAGCAGCUGGACUGGAGGCCGGAGAAAGCUGGGGAAACUCGAAAAAGGCACGAAAAAGUCGUCAUCAUUCAAAACAUGUUUCAUCCCAGUGACUUUGAGGAGGAUCCGUUGGUUCUGAAUGAGUACAGAGAUGAUCUGCGGACGGAAUGUGAGAAAUUUGGGCAAGUGAAGAAGGUCAUCAUCUUUGAUAGGCACCCUGAUGGAGUGGCAUCCGUGGCUUUUAAAGAACCUGAAGAGGCGGACAUGUGUCAGACGGCUCUGAAUGGACGGUGGUUUGGUGGGAGGAAAUUAUCAGCACUUCUGUGGGAUGGUGUAACUGACUACCAGGUUGAGGAAACCUCACGGGAACGAGAAGAGAGACUGAAAGCCUGGGGUUCUUUCCUCAGUGACGAAAGUGCGUCUGCCGCAGCUAAAGCAGACCCCUCAAAGGCGGCUGAACAACAAAAUUCCAGCACACAAGAAGCAGAAGAACAGACUCGACAGGAGGAACAUGCAAACGAAAGCUCCGCAAAACCACAGGAGGGGAAAGAUGAGAACGAGGAUGAGGAGGAGGAGGAGGGUGGAGGAGAAGUAGCGUCAACCGACAGCAGUUUAGCAGGAAGUGAUAAUGAGGAUGCGUAGAUGUGAAGAGAAAAGAGGACUUGAUUAAUGUCUCUUGAUAAAUCAUCUUCACAUUAGUAUACAGUGUUUCCUUUUAAUUGUUUAUUCCCAUGAAAUGUCUGACAGUAAUAGAAAUGUGACUGUAAAUAGUCAUUUGUCUGGUUUCUUGUGUGUCAUUGAAUCAGUUUGAACACCUGUUAAUAGUUUUUAUAGUAAAAAACAUUUUGUGAACUCA